AUGUCUGUGUUUGCCGAAUUUCUGUUUGACAGGUCCAUUGAGACGGUCCCCUGCACGAGCUGUCAGAAUGACGAAGAGGAGGAGGACGACGUGAGCCAGAGUAAUAAUAGUCACGCCCACAACAACAUUUCGAAUAACGAAGAUGAUGAGCAAACGGCUGCUUCGACUGCCAGUACUGCCAACCAUAACGACAACAACAUGUCAGCUGACUCGGAGUAUGGUCAACUCAUGGAAGUCAUGGUCACUGGUUUGUUAGAAGCACAACAACAACAACAGCAAGAGAGAAAUAAUGAAGCGGGCGACGACGCCACAUCCUACUUUUCGGGCGGUACCAUUCUUUCUUCGGCUCCUUCCGAAGCUACCAUUGGACUUGAUCCACAUCGUGGCCAAAACAGAGUGGCACGGGUUCCAUCCAGUGCGGCGCUCUCCCUCUCGACGGCGCCGUCUUGUUUCCUCAAUGUCGACGAUGACGAGGACGACGCUACUUCGGUGGCUACCGCUCUCUCCUAUCAAGCUUCGCUGGUAGACAGCUCCAUUUCCUUCCGAACCAGCUGGAGUCAACCGACAGGUUAUCAGUUGGGAGGUACCAUGGACAUUGGCGACGCGGAUAUUAUGGAUCCAAGACGACCGGCACCAACAACUACUACAAGCCAGGCCGUGGUGCUCCGCAAUAAUGACGUCAAUGGCGCAACUUGGUAUGCCCAUUUCACAGACGCGGAUUGGGAAGCGUUCCGUCGCAGAUCCCAAAUGAUUGUAAAGUCUCUCUUUACCAUUCGUCCCAGCAGAGACUUGCGGUCCUUGCAACUGCCUCCUCCACCUCCGGCGUUGUUGACUCACAAUUCACUACCGCACGACAAAACGGAUGCCAUGGAUCUUCCCCGUUGUUUCACAUGUCCCCUCUGUCAGGAUGUCAUUGUCGGAGCCAUGACUCUGGAUUGCAGUUGCCAAACCAAUGUCUGUGCCGCGUGCUGGGAGUAUCAUUGUGUCGCACAACGAGGAGCAUGGCAACAGCUUGCUCGCGAAUGUGAUUUUGUCAUUGUGCCGUCCGCAACGACAACAACAUCAAGUAGUAUUACUUGCCCUUGCUGCCACGAGGACGUGCAGGAUCCGUUACCGUGUCACGCCCUGGAUGUGGCCAUUUCACAGCUCAUGGGACAACAACAACACGCUCCACAAUGGAACUCCUAUGUGCAACGGAUUACGCAGUGGCGAGAGGAACUUGUCCGGAGGCAGCAAGAAAACAACGAAACUCCUUUGUUGGAGCAACGCAUGGCGCAAUUGAUCCAAGAGGAAGAAAUCGUUUGGAAGCAACGACGACAUGCACAACAACGGUUGCCGGGAUUUUUGGGAAUGGCCGUCGCCGUCGCGGCGUCCGUGGGCAUCAAGUUGCUCAUGGCGCAAACGGUGCGAGCCAUUCAACAUAAUAAUAGGCGUUUCUGA